AUGGGGAAUGGAUAGUGUUGUAAAAGAGUUGAGAGAGUAGAAACAUUAGAAGUCGAUAAUACUCCUCCUUAAAAUGCAAAAAUAUGCUCUAUUUUUGAUGCACCAUAGCAAAUGAUUUCUUUAUCUGAUUCUGAUGAAGACUAUUAACCAUAAAAAUAGCCUCAGUUUGGAGUGUUCAAAGAUCACUAAAAAAGUUCUCAGUUAUCGACAGGAUAAUAAUACUCAUUUUAAAGUCUCCCAUCUGAAUAAUAAUUCUCUAAUUUUGUAACUUUUUAGGCGAUUCCGUCUCAGUAAGGAAUAAAAAACAAUGUAUUUUCCAAAUUCCAAAAGGAAAUGAUUGACGUCUCUAAAAAUGUACAACAGCAUUAGAAGAACUAGAAACAAAAAUGA